CAAAGCAGAACAGAUGAUUUUGGUUUAAAUGGCGAACGUAGAAGGAAUUGCCGGGGUCGACUGCCGAUGAGAUUCCGGAAUCAUCCAUGAUCGAUUAGUGCUUUUUAGACAUUUUCUACUGCAAAAAUGAAGAGCACUAUUUUGGUGUUGGUUUGGUGUUGCGUCAGUCUCGUCAACAGCGACGAACACACUCAUACGUACGAUGAAAAUGAGGAAGUUGUGCUGUGGAUGAACACUGUCGGGCCGUACCACAACCGCCAAGAGACUUACGCCUACUUUUCCUUGCCAUUCUGCGUGGGUUCCAAGCAGGCAAUCAGCCACUACCAUGAGACGCUCGGGGAGGCCCUUCAGGGCGUUGAGCUCGAGUUUUCCGGGCUCGACAUCGAGUUCAAAGCCGACAUCUCGGCUACACCGUACUGCGAAAUCGAGCUGACCGAUGACAAGCAGAAAGCAUUUGUUUACGCUGUGAAAAACCACUAUUGGUACCAAAUGUACAUAGACGACCUUCCUAUUUGGGGAAUCGUCGGGGAGAGUGAGGAAAAUGGAGGCACCGUGAACCACUUCAUUUGGACGCACAAGAAGUUUGACAUUGGAUACAAUGGCAACAAAAUUGUCGACGUCAACUUGACCUCCGAGAACAAAGUUCGGCUGGACCUGAAUGCCAAAAUUCCGUUCACUUACGAAGUCAAUUGGCGGAAGUCGCCGAUUAAGUACGAGGACCGAUUCGACAAGUACUUGGACCCUAACUUCUUCCAGCACAGAAUCCACUGGUUCAGCAUUUUCAACAGUUUCAUGAUGGUCAUAUUCCUUGUUGGCCUGGUGUCCAUGAUUUUGAUGAGAACGCUGAGGAAAGACUACGCAAGAUACAGCAAAGACGAAGAAAUGGACGACAUGGAGCGCGAUUUGGGCGACGAGUACGGUUGGAAGCAGGUUCACGGUGAUGUGUUCAGGCCCGCCUCGCAGCCCAUGAUCUUUUCAGCCCUGAUAGGAACGGGUUAUCAGGUCGUCACGGUUUCUCUCUGCGUCAUAAUCUUCGCCAUUCUGGGAGAGCUCUACACCGAGCGAGGCUCUCUGCUGAGCACGGCCAUCUUUGUUUACGCUGCGACCUCGCCAAUCAACGGCUACUGCGGCGGCAGCCUGUACGCCAGGAUGGGCGGCAAGGUGUGGAUUCGGCAGAUGCUGCUGUCGGCCUUCCUGCUGCCGGCGAUGGUGUGCGGAACCGCCUUCCUCAUCAACUUCAUCGCCAUCUACUACCACGCGUCGCGCGCCAUUCCGUUCGGCACCAUGGUGGCUGUGACCUGCAUCUGCCUGUUCGUCAUCCUGCCGCUGACCCUGGUGGGCACCGUGCUCGGACGCAACCUUGCCGGCCAACCGGACUACCCUUGCCGCAUCAACGCCGUGCCCAGGCCCAUUCCGGAGAAGAAGUGGUUCAUGGAGCCCGCGGUCAUCGUCGGACUCGGAGGAAUCUUGCCCUUUGGUUCUAUUUUCAUCGAAAUGUACUUCAUCUUCACAUCGUUCUGGGCUUACAAGAUUUACUACGUCUAUGGUUUCAUGCUGCUGGUGUUUGUGAUCCUGAUGAUUGUCACCGUGUGCGUCACCAUCGUGUGCACCUACUUCCUGCUCAACGCCGAAGACUACCGGUGGCAGUGGACCAGCUUCCUGUCGGCUGCUUCCACGUCGGGAUACGUUUAUCUCUACUCCUUCUACUACUUCUUCUUUAAGACAAAGAUGUAUGGAUUGUUUCAGACAAUGUUUUACUUUGGGUACAUGGCACUGUUCAGUCUGACGCUGGGCUUGUUGUGCGGCACCGUCGGCUACAUCGGCACCAGCUUCUUUGUCCGCAAGAUCUACUCCACCGUGAAGAUCGACUGAGCCGCUACUUUAUUUCAGCUGUUAAACACUAUAAAUGUCUUACUCUGUUUUCACGCGAGUUUUGUGAGUAUUUUCCUCAAAAGUCCUCGUUUUUCUGUGACCACGAACCAACUGAUGCACGAGUAGAAAACGAUUUAUUUUAUUUUGCCGUCUCAAAUCUGACCCGGAAGCGCACAAUACAUAAAUUUGUGCGAGUUGUAACGUACUAGGAAAAUUAAGAGCCAGGUCUUGUUUGAGUGGUGCCGUUCGCCAGCCCUGUUUUCCAAGACUGGCGGCAUUGGCUUGAAGCAUUCCAGCGUAGUCACCAGUGAUCAGGAUGUGUUUUGCUGCACGAAGACUCAUUCAAAUUGAACAUUAUUUGUGUAUAUUAUCAGAGUUUUAUUUAUUUUGUUAAGUGCGAGUGAAUGGAGUCGUGAUGAUUAUCUGUCAGUGGCAUUUCAGUCAUCAGCUUUUUCUCUUCGUUUCUAUAUAGUGAGGUAAUUUUGAAGAAUAAGAGUUGGUGACUAUUGUUGUGUGAUGUCGCGGCAUUAUCUGACUACUUCUUGCAAAAUGGACUUUUUUAUGAAAAUAUGUAAAAAAAAUGUUCUCAUAAAUGUAUUACUGUCGGAUGCAUGUUCACAAGGUAUAAAUAUAAAAGAUACGAAUAAUAUCAAAA